AUGCUCAAUGAUCAUGAACCAUCCAAACGAGGACGCGACUCCUACCUGAUCAAUCGUUCUCGAGGCUCUGUGAACUCAAAUGAAAACGCGAACCUCGCUUCGAUCCCUUCUCGAAAAUCCGACAAGCUUGACUAUGCUCAAUUGAAGAAAGAUGCCCCGGGCCUCGUUGCUGCCGCUGCUCACGCGGCGGUUCCUAGUUGGACAAGCAUGAUUUUAAUGGUCUCUCUUAUCUUCGGGGGUUGUUGUGCCAAUGUAUUUGCGCUAGAGGCGAUUAUCAAGGAACAGCCUACUGCCGGUCCCUUGAUAACCUUCGCCCAAUUCGCUACCUGCGCUCUAUUCACCAUUCCAAGCUUCCUGUCCCCCUCAGCCGGACCACGAGCCCUAUUCUUGAACCCACGCGCUAUUCCACUACGCUCAUGGGUGGUAUACACUGCCUAUUUUGUAAGCGUCAACCUUCUCAACAAUUGGGCCUUCGCAUACAAGAUCUCCGUCCCAUUGCACAUAAUCCUCCGGUCCGCAGGCCCCGUCGCCUCAAUGGUAAUCGGCUAUAUAUACAACGGCAAACGCUAUUCCCGGGGCCAGAUUGCCUCGGUAGGUAUGCUGACAGUAGGCGUGGCGGCAGCCGCCAUGGCCGACGCGAAAUCCAAAGGCGUUUCUAUUCACGUCGACUCCGAUACGACGGACACGAUGACGACCGUGACGGGCUUCACGAUCCUUGCGCUGGCGAUGGUCCUCUCUGCAUUCCAGGGAAUCUAUGCCGACCGGUUAUACGCAACUUACGGCAGGGAUCAUUGGAAAGAGGCGCUUUUCUAUUCGCAUGCGCUUUCUCUGCCGCUUUUCUUGACCAGUUGUCCGCAGUUGCUGAGUCAAUGGCGGGUGGUGACUUCGUCACCUUCUUUGCUGUCGCAUCUGGAUUCCGGGCUGUGGGUGUCGUCCGGUACUGGGAGCACUGCUUUCUCGGUGCUGGGGCAGAUUUGCCAGAUUGGGGCUGUGAAGUCUUUCCUGGCGCAACUUCCGGUUCAGGUAGCUUAUCUGGCUAUGAAUGCACUGACGCAAUACCUAUGUAUCCGGGGGGUUCAUCUUUUGUCGGCCAAGUCGUCCUCGUUGACAGUCACUAUUUUCUUGAAUGUCCGCAAGCUCGUUUCGCUGCUCCUGUCGAUUUAUCUCUUUGGAAAUCAUUUGGCGGGAGGUGUCUUGAGUGGCGCGGCUCUAGUGUUUGUCGGAGGUGCUUUAUAUGGCUUCGAAGGUGCACGUCUACGAAGCGUUGCCAAAAAGGCUCAGUGA